GUCGAGAUCCUGGAGUUCCUGUGGCCGCCUUUGGCCGAUGCCGACGGCCAGCGGGCAUGCGUCUGCUAUGUGCUUAUGCUUCGAACAGACGGCCUCCUUUUGUGCGUGCCCGGCUCCUUCUUCAGCCCAGGCGAGCUGGCUCCCGAGGGGGACGAUGGGGCGGUUCGCCCGGGCCCUUCAGUUGAACUCACUGCCCCGGCCGUUGCUCUAUCCGAGGAGGGGGAGUGGAUUCUCGCCCCCUCGGCCGACCCCCUUGCUGUUACUGUUGUGGACUUUCCCGCUUCAGCUGCCUCCCUGCUAUCACCAGUCGAGCUCGACUCCUUUCUUGGGACGUUUUUCAGCGAGGCGGAUCUUUACCCGCUGGCCGCCGAUGUGCUCCGACAGGCCCGUCAGUGGAUUUUGGCCGAGGGCGCGGGAGCUUCCACCGACUACCAGACCGGGGCCUCCGAUCCCGGACAACCCCAGACAGAGGCUUCGCUAACAGAAGUGGUCGCCCGCCUGAGCGAUCAACUGGCCAAGCUUCAGCAGGCCCCUCUUACCGUGCCUGCCCCUCGCGUGGACCCAAAGCCUCAGGGGGCCUGUGCACGAGAGACCGGGGCCUUCAACCGAGGACCGGCCGAUGUGGAUCAAGAUGCUCGGCUGGCGGCCGCCAUUACCGCAGGCGAGCUGCCCGACGUGCAAGUGCAGCCCGACCAAACCUCGGCAAUGAUGGCUCAGAGCCAGGCCUUGUUGACUUUGGUGGGCCAUCUCGCCCAAGGGGCAGACCCGGUGCUAGACUCGCAAGGCACAGCCACCUCAUCGUCCCGGGGCUCCCAGACCAGGCAGAGGCUGCAGGCCGAGCUCGCUUCACACUCAGGAGCCUUUGCCGAGAAGGUGAAAGAGAAGGCACUCCUCAGGAUGUCCCCCGCGGGGGUGGGCUCCACCGAGCCUUUCUCGCUAUGCCGCUACUACGAGCGGUAUGGCGGGUUCGACAAGCACAAGGACCUGGCUUCGUGGCAGGUGGCGAUCGCCUUCGAUCUGCUGGUGGCGGGGAACAGCAACGGAGGAUGUCCUGGCCCUCCUGGCGGUCUAUCUAGACCAACUGGUGCUAGACCAAGGGGCCUCUACAGUGGCGUGGCUUUUGCUCCGGGGACUGGUGUCCAGCCCUUUUCCCCGCUAGCCGACCAGAAGUGGGUCACCUCGGCCCUAGGGUACCUUCGCGAGAUGGACCUGAUCUCCAGAGGCCGCUCUCACGAAGAAGCAGCUAAGGGCAGCCCAGUGGGCAGCAAAGCGGGCCUCGGCCGGCACUCCUCCAGCGAAGUAGACUCUGAAGGGCUUGAUGCAUGCGACCUGUCUUUCGACGGCGAAUUCACUUUUACAUCGUGGGCGGCCUCGCUCACCCGCCUGGUCCUGAAGUCUGGGACCUGUUUUGCUCACUUUCUUUCAUCAAGUUUGCACCUCCUUCGGAGCGAUGUGCCUUCCGCUCCCACCGCCCUGUACCCUAUCCCCUCGCCGAGUGCUCUUCCGGUGGGGAGGCCUGUGCCCCUCGAUGUUCUGCGGAGAUCACCGAACUCCUUGCGCAUUUCGGUGUAUAGGCGUGGGACUCACCUUGCUGCUCGUUUUGGUGAGCUCACUGACUUUCUACUUGCUUGUGGUGUGGGACCAGACGCCUACGACGGUGCCACCCAAGAGGUUGUUUCCAGGGGGCCCCUGGUUCCUCAUGCUCCCGGCGGGCCCGACUGCUUGCGCCCCUACCGAUUGUUUGAGGCCGAUGGCAUUGUGCUACACGGGGAGGCGAACUGGGACAUUAGCCCCUACUUGCCCCCGGGCAUGCUUCUCGCCUACCGCGACCCGCUUGUGUUGGAGACUUUCCCAGGCACUGGCGGCCCAGCUCCCUCCUUUCAGCACGAGGACCCGGGCGAGGUACUGAAGUUGAUGAACGUCUGGGACUCGAAGGGUCUUUUGACUUUGAGACCAGGCGGCCUCCCUGACAUACGGUGCUCCCGCGUCUUUGGCUCCUUCAAGAGCCCUGGGAAAUUUCGCCAAAUUGGGGACCGACGGGGACCCAACAGCCCAGAGGCCCGCCUAGACGGUGUGUCCCACAUGCUGCCACAAGGUUUCCUGCUUACCAGGUUGCACGUGCCUCGCUUUACGCACCAGCUGCUGGGCAGCAGCACGGACAGGAAGGAUUUUUACUCUCAGUGCAAAGUCCCCCUGGAGCGGGCUUUUUCCAACGCGGUGAAGCCAGAGUUUUCCCUGGCCGACUUUGCCGGCACAAGAGCCCACCAGGACUACGUGAGUUGGGUUCUCUCCGAAGCCGGGAAGGAGCACUGCCGGCGCUACCUCCCCCCUAUGGACCUCUUUGGCACUUCCCUUCGGAGGCCCGCGUUGUUGAGUCCGACGGCGCCCGUGCACGUGCUUCAACUUGUUGUUUCAGGGCGACGCUGCGGGAGUGGAGCUGGCUACUGCAGCUCAUGCCGCUUUUCUCGAGGAGGCCCAGGUGCUCCCCUCCUGCGAAGGCGGCCGACUGUUGGCGAAACACCCUGGUCCGGAGUUGUGAUAGACGACCUGUUUUGCGUAAGCUGUGAGCCGGCCGACCUUCCCGACCCCCGAGCCUGUGACUCUGCACGUGUUGUUGACCUUGCCAAGGAGGCAUAUGCGAAGGCAGCCAUCAAGGGGAGUGACGAUAAGGACGUCUUCGGUGCCAGCGUCUUCUGCAUCGCAGGGCCCGAAUGCGAUUCGAGCCCGGCUGCUGUGAAGGAAGGGCUAGUUACCAUAGGCUCCCCCCUCCCUAAGAGGUUGGCCCUUUCCCUAGUGUCUCUCCUGACCGCCACCCGCCGCUGCGUGACUGAGGAGCUCGCCUCUAUGAUCACAGGGGGGUGGACUUCGGCCCUCAUGUUCCGCAGGUGUGCCAUGGCUGUCGCAGGCAGCAUCUUUGAGCAGAGAGUCGACCGGACCACCGGGGAUGAGGGGUCACCUCUUGUGAGCCUGGGCCCUUCCUCUCGACAAGAGCUUGUGCUGCUGGCUGUCUUGGCCCCGCUUUUGGCCUCCUGCGUUUCCGUGCCCUACGACCGAACGCUCUUCGCGUCGGACGCCUCACUGCGGAAGGGAGCCUACACGUACAUGCGGCCCGAAACAGAGGUCAUCAAGGCUAUUUGGCUCUCUUCGGACGCCCGGGCUUUUUACACAAAGCUCGAGGGCCCCUUUCGGGCUACUCUUGCAGCCCUUGGCGAGGAGCCUGUGGACUGUGAUGCUCCCGCGCCGCCUUCGUGCCUGGCAGCAGCCUCAGCCAAGACUCUAGAGAACUCUCUGGUUGAGAAGGGUUUUGAGACUAAAAAGGGCCUGCUCAAGGCCGCCCGCCCACUGGGUCAGAGGUUUGACUUCCUGCUCGUUGGUCCGGGCCCUGCGACUCUGGCACCUCGGCUUGACUGUCCCGAUGCCCUGGAGUGGGCUAUGCACCUCCUUGCUCAGAACCGCAUUGGGUUUGCGUGUCGCUGCAGCCUGUUUUGCCUUGUUUUGGUUGGCGUGGAGAGUUCAAGCACCCUGCCUUUUGGUGCUCCCUGGGACUUCCCUUGCCGCUUCUUCGCCCCGCCUCGGCUUCCUCUGCAGCUUGUUUGGUGGUGUUACCCAAGCGUGCCGAGCGGCCUGCCCUUCACAAAACUGCUGCUCGGGGUCUGUGCUUUUGGUUGCCACGGGCCUCAAAACAUCAGUAUCUGCAACUCUGAUAUUUCGAAUCGGGGACCUCUGGAGGCCUCCGGCCUGUCCCUCGCCUGUGUGCUGCCCCCCAGUGAGCCUCGACCUCCGGGUCACUGCCCGGUUUUCCUUGCAGCCCUCGUCGAGCUCUACACGGCAGCAGCUGCUUCAGCCCCGGAGCCUGUUCGUGCAAAGGUUGGCUUCGAGAGCCUUCUGGUCAAUGACCUGCUUUCCUCUGGGACCUGGCAGGUCGGUGCCUCCUGGACUUGGCCGCCUGUGCUCUCCAGUUGGGGUGUGGACUUUACCCCGCCUGGCUCGGCGCACCUUGCUAAGGACUUCGACGCUACGCUGGGCUACCCUGCUGAAGGCCCUGCUGAGCCUCGUGGGCAGCGCGACCUGGAGCGCCAGACAAGGCGCUCAGCUUCGGCCCUUCCCAGCGGCAGGCCGGUUCUGCCGACAACCCGCUCUAACCGAGCGCGCCUUUUGGGCUUGUUCGACGCCUGGCUCGCUGAGCGCGGCUCGAGCCUAAAGGCCCUGACUUCGAGGAGCCCUCUUGACCCAGCUGCCAUCGGGCAGGCUUUGACGAACUACGGCCGGGACCUCUACGACGCAGGCCGGCCCUACGGGGACUACAGCGAGACGGUUAACGCCGUUGGGGCCCUUUGCCCUAGCGUGAGGAGGCAACUUCAAGGCUCCUGGGACCUGGCUUUUUCGUGGAUGGCCGCUGAACCUUACACCCACCACGUGCCGAUGCCGGCGGCCCUUUUGCUGGCCUUGUUGACUUGCAGCCUUUUUUGGGGAUGGCUCCGAGAGGCGGCAAAACUGGAACAGAGUGACCUGGUCGCUCUAGUGUGCUUGGCCUUUGGUGACCUACCUGCUGGAGAGGCCCUCUGGCCGAGGACCAACCAGACCCUGCGAGCUAGGCUCGACAAGCUUCUGGCACGCCUGGGGGUCUACACUGCGAGGGGCCAGAGGAGCAUAGACCUCGGGUCGUUUAGACCAGGAGGUGCUACGCACCUCUUGCAGGUGACAGAGGACAGUGAGCUGGUGAGAAGGAGAGGAAGGUGGGCCUCUCCAAAGGUCAUGGAGAUCUACCUGCAAGAGGUGUCCGCCAUCCAGUUCCUCCCUCGACAACCACCAGCUGUUCGAGCGGCCAUCCUCGACUAUGCCAAGGCCUUCCCGCAGGUUUUUGCCAAAGCACAGCAAUGGACGAGACAGAAGGUGCCGCCGUGUACUUGGUACACGCUCUUCUCCUCCGGCAGCUAG